AUGUCCUCCAGUCAACCCCAAUCACCACUGUCUGAGCCAUCAUCAGAUCCAUACCCCAGGCCUCCUCCUCUUCUUCUAAACCUCCCUCCUGAACUCAUAGACAACAUUCUUUCUCAUCUUUCGCCCUACGGCCUCUCCGCUAUAUCCGCUACAUGUCGAGAUCUGCAUAAGCACGCUCUCUCAGAUGUCCUCUGGUACCCCCUCGUUCAAGAAAACGUCCCAGGCGUCACUCUCACAAGCCCCCAGCCCUGCAACAGCUAUCAUGAGCUUUACGUCGCUCACGAUCGUCUCUGGUUCCUCCCUAGACAGAAAAUCUGGUUCUGCGAUAGAGAUCUUACUGGAAGACUCAUGAUUGUUCGCUAUGAUCCUCGGCGGGGUUGCAUCGAGGGCUAUCAAUUACUCGCCAGUAGAGACCGGCAAAUACAGCAAAGCUUCAUCGGACAAGGCGACGUUUUGAUCCAUGAGUUUGAUCCCAAGGUCAAACUUCAUCUUGAUAAGCCUGUGCUGCAGUUUCGCGUGGGAGAGCGAGCUCCGGAGGAUUUUCUGAGUCGGCCUGGUGCCAAUCGCUUCGCUGAUGAGAUGCCCGUGACUCUGGAUGACAGGAUCGAUGCUCUGUUUAGCAACUUCAUGCUAACAUGCGAGCUCGAUCAAGAAGAAGCCCAACAAAAUCUCAACUCGCGUUUUCCAUACGGCAAUAUCUGGCCACCGCCUCACAUCCCUUCAGACCACCAUGUCUCAGGUAGCAGCACGCAAGUAACAUCAGAGGGCAUCUUUGUGAAGACACCAUCGUCUCGACCUCAGCGCCGCGAAGAAGUAUCAGAGCGAUUCUUCCGCAUUCGCCAAUGGAUGGAAAUGGCGGGCGGGUUAUCCCGAAUCGGUAUGGCAGCUGGUUUGGGUGGGAUAUACAAUAUGCUAAGAUUAUCACGCACCGCAGUCGACGGCGGAAUGCCCAACGUUCACGUCGGCGAGGAGCUCAUCACGUACUCCACCCUCGAUCCGAAGUUAUACAUGCCGACUGUGCUAAAGCCGUGGAGGGGAAUCUGGGUUGGCGAUUACAGUACCCAUGGAUGCGAGUUCUUGCUUAUACAUCAACCUGACGAUGAGACGAGCGCUACGGACGAAGAACUUGGUCUUGUGAGACGAAAUUCCGAGGCUGAUGAAGAGUGGGAGGCGAGACGGACUGAAGGACGGACGUUUCAGGGACGGCUGGAGGCUAUUAAAUUAACGGGUGAUCCCAAUGUUCCACGGGGAGAAAUCACGUUUGUAGCUGAUGACAUUGGGCCCGACGGUGUCGUAGACGGUCCACCAGUAGAUCCCUGCUUCCAGGGAAUGAGAGUGGUUCACAGCAAAGGACAUAUUGCAAAUACCGGAUUCGCCUCAGACCGAUAUAUUGAGAGCCAACUUAUAUUCAGGGUGGACAUUGAUGAGCUCCUCAAGGUGUAA